UCCAUCCCAUAAUAACGCCCCCGGGCUGCCCCGUGCGUUAGCUGGGGCCCGGGAGGGGACCAGGGGAUACCCGGGCAGGGCGAGGAGGCGCCCGGAAGCGGGUCCGGAGCCGGAAGCGAGCGGAACACCCGGAAGUGGAGCGGGGAAGAGUCGGGGUUGCUCAGGAGGCGGAAGCGGUUGGCUCGACUCAGUCCCAUGUGGAGAGAGUGUGUCCAGUGCUGGUGGAUGCCUCGAGGACUGAAUUCAGUGCUGGAUCCUCAACUAUCAGAGACGGACAGCCUCUCUUUAUCCCCCAAACAGCCUUACAGAGCACGUGUGCCUUCCAGCCAUUCAGCACGUCACCUACCCAGCAGGGAUCCUGUCCCUGAGGGCUAAGGCACCAGGAUGUCCCAAGCAACCAAACGCAAGCAUGUGGUGAAAGAGGUGUUGGAGGAGUAUGUGGUGCCAUCUCCUCAACAGCAGAUUGUCCGGGUCCUGGGGACCCCAGGAAACAACCUCCAUGAGGUGGAAACAGCUGAGGGGACCAGAUUCUUAGUGAGCAUGCCCACAAAAUUCCGCAAGAACAUCUGGAUCAAACGAGGUGACUUUCUGCUGGUGGACCCCAUCAAAGAGGGCGAGAAGGUGAAAGCUGAGAUCAACUUUGUGUUGUACAAGGACCAUGUGCGGUACCUAAAGAAAGAAGGGCUCUGGCCUGAGGCCUUCUCUGACACUGCAGAAAGUCAGCCCAGCUCUGAGGCCAGCAGGGAAAGGGAGCAAACGGCUGCCCGCUCCUCUGGGGAAGAGGACUCAGACGAUGACAGUGACCUGUUUGUGAACACGAACAGACUGCGCUAUGGCUGCACAGAGAGCGAGGACGACAGUGAGGAGGCGGCAGAGGUGGCCAGUGACCAGGAGGAGGAAGAAAAAUAGUGACCCAGGGCAGGAAAGCCGAUCUAGCCUCCUAAAUACCUCAUGCAGGAGGAGCCUGAUGCAGCAGGAAGGAGACCACCUUCUGGGGCCUGAACUCACAUCCACCAGCCUGCUGCAUACUCCAGCUGGCUUGGAACUGCCUCAGGGCUGCCCCCUGCUGGGGACACAUUUCUUCCCUCUAUCACCUCUGUGGUCUGAGCUAAGAGUUGCUACACCAUCCAGCUCACCAGAGAUGAAAGUGCUGGGCCUGUUGUGCCCAAUGCAUGGUUAUUUCACUCUUCACCCAGCCCAGUCUGGGGGGAAAGAGUGGCACUGCUCUUUGGGGCAAAGGGAAAGGGGGUUCUAGGCAGCAGUGCUGCUUGAAGCUGUAAAGAGGGGGCUGGGGAGGAGUAAAGUUAUAGCAGCUGGGAGGCCUCAUCUAAGCUGGAGCAGCCCAGCUUCAGCAUCCCUUAUCAGCUCCUGUUAAUGGGGGAUUGGACUGUGCCCUCUGCUCUAAUGCAGGCUCCUUGGGAAAAGCAGUGGAUGCUGUCUGGCCUAGACACUAGUGCUGUGUAAUAAGCUGUCUCCCCUCUGUCUUAUUCAAUAAAGACUUUCCCACAGGCA